CGAGUCGCGGGGGGUCGGAGCGGGGUUGCGUUGUUUCGCUGUGCGGCGGCGAGAUGAGGCGGCGCGGACUGUGGGUGCUGCUGCUGCUGCUGCUGGGGACGGCGCAGCUGGCCGUGCUGAUGGCGCAGGAGGACGGCGAAGAAUCUGUUAUGCAAGAAGUUGAUGAUGAAGAAGAAGAAGAUGAUGAUGAUGAUUCUGAAGUUAAAGAAGAAAAUGGUGUGUUAGUUUUGAAUGAUGCUAACUUUGACAGCUUUACUGCAGACAAGGACACUGUGCUCCUGGAGUUCUACGCACCAUGGUGUGGGCACUGCAAGCAGUUUGCUCCUGAGUAUGAAAAGAUAGCCAAAACCCUGAAGGAAAAUGACCCUCCUAUUCCAGUUGCCAAAAUUGAUGCUACUGCAGCCACUGUGCUAGCAAGUCGUUUUGAUGUCAGUGGGUACCCAACCAUUAAAAUCCUGAAAAAAGGCCAGCCUGUUGACUACGAUGGCUCUCGAACAGAAGAUGCAAUUGUAGCCAAAGUCAAGGAGAUUUCUGACCCCAGUUGGACCCCUCCACCAGAAGCUACUCUUGUAUUGACCCAGGAUAAUUUUGACGAUGUUGUGAAAGAUGCUGACAUAAUUCUGGUGGAAUUCUAUGCUCCAUGGUGUGGGCACUGCAAAAGGCUUGCUCCAGAAUAUGAGAAGGCCGCCCAAGAGCUCAGCAAGCGCACACCUCCCAUUCCUCUGGCUAAGGUCGAUGCCACUGCUGAGACUGAGCUUGCAAAGAAGUUUGAUGUUACUGGCUAUCCAACUCUGAAAAUCUUUCGCAAAGGCAAACCUUAUGACUACAGCGGUCCACGAGAGAAAUACGGUAUUGUUGACUACAUGAUUGAACAGGCUGGUCCUCCAUCUAAGCAGAUUCAGGCUAUGAAGCAGGUACAGGAAUUUCUGAAGGAUGGAGAUGAUGUCAUUAUCAUUGGUGUUUUUAGUGGAGAAACUGAUGAAGCCUAUCAGCUCUAUCAGGAAGCAGCUAACAGUUUAAGAGAAGAUUACAAGUUCCAUCACACCUUCAGCAACGAGAUUGCAAAGCUAUUGAAAGUAUCUCCUGGAAAGCUGGUUGUCAUGCAGCCGGAAAAGUUUCAAUCAAAGCAUGAAUCCAAGAUGUAUGUUUUGGAUCUUAAACAGUAUUCUACAGAUGGAUCAGAGAUCAAAGAGCACGUAGUGAAACAUGCUUUGCCUCUAGUUGGCCAUCGCAAGCCUUCCAAUGAUGCUAAAAGAUAUGCGAAGCGUCCCCUAGUGGUUGUCUAUUACACUGUUGACUUCAGUUUUGACUAUCGUGUUGCUACCCAGUACUGGAGAGGCAAAGUCCUAGAGGUAGCCAAGGACUUCCCUGAGUAUGUGUUUGCUGUUUCUGAUGAGGAGGAUUAUUCUUCUGAAAUAAAAGAUCUAGGUCUGCUUGAGAGUGGAGAGGAUGUAAAUGUUGCCAUUCUGGAUGAAGGUGGCAAGAAAUAUGCCAUGGAGCCAGAAGAGUUUGACUCUGAUGCCCUCAGACAGUUUGUGCUGGCAUUCAAAAAAGGAAAACUGAAGCCUAUUGUGAAGUCGCAGCCGGUGCCAAAAAAUAACAAAGGGCCUGUGAAAGUAGUAGUGGGUAAAACUUUUGAUGCCGUAGUAAUGGAUCCAAAGAGUGAUGUUCUCAUAGAGUUCUAUGCCCCGUGGUGUGGACACUGCAAGAAACUAGAACCGGUGUAUGCUGAGCUAGGCAAAAAAUACAAGCAUGAGAAAAAUCUAGUCAUAGCCAAGAUGGAUGCGACUGCCAACGAUGUGACAAAUGAUCACUACAAAGUGGAAGGAUUCCCUACCAUCUACUUUGCUCCAAGGGACAAGAAGAACAAUCCUAUUAAAUUUGAAGGCGGUGACAGAGAUCUAGAGCAUCUGAGUAAAUUUAUAGAGGAGCAUGCUACAAAACUCUCUAGAACAAAAGAAGAGCUUUAGAAAAGAUGAGGGCGAUAAAGAAUUCUUUGUACGUUGUAGUUUAAAGAAAGUUACUGACAAAACUUCAAUGAGAGAAGAAUUCAGCAGCUUGAACAAGGAAAUUCUUGAGCAGUAAAGUAAUUGCAAUAUCUUUUUUUGUAUUACGGAAAAAAUUCUGGACACUGAACUUUGAUACAAUUGUCUUGUUUGUUAUAGUUUUGAUCUAUGGAGAUAAAAUACAUCAUUUAUUUUUUGUGA